AUGACCAAGGAGUUCAAAGACGAGAUGCUUGAGGAAACCAAGGGCAUGCUUCACCCUGACCUUAAUGUCCCGAAAUCAAUAGAAAGGGCAGCUAAACUUGCAAUAGAAGUCCAAAACAUCAAGGUUGCCUGGCUAAAUAAUCCUGGCGAUGAGACGCUCCAAGAAAAAUUCUACGAUGAUUUGCGAAGCGCUGUGACCGCACUUGACGGAGUCUUCCACUUCCAUCACAUCUUCACACACAUCCACGCAGAGUUCGACACUUACUUGGACCUCAAGUUCGACACAGACCACAUUGAGAUCUACGAACUUGAGCGAAAUGGGAGCCAUGGGAACCAUUAA